AUGGAGGGUAAGGAGACCCACUCUCCUGGAUCCGCUCUCCGUCGGUCAGCCACUCACGACGACGGAAUAGACCCCUUUGAUGCAAUCCUAGAUGCUGACGACGGCUCCGAUGACGCGAGCCCGUCCCUCACGAAAUCUCGGCCGUCCAAUCUCUUUCGUCCGAUCCAGCAGCUCUGGCGACGACCCAUCGUGCGAUUCGCCGUCGCACAGAUCUUCAUCGUCUGGGCUGUCGCAGCGUCGGUUCUCUACAUCCAAGACGUCGCAAUGUCGCACGAGGGGUCGCUACAACACAGCGACAUUUCAGGUCUAGGUGCAGGCAGCGGCCUCGGAGCUGCCGGUCAAGCAACCUUAUUGGAGCAGCUUAAAAAGCGGUUUCAUGAACGUUGUCCCAUGCGCCCACCAGUGUGCCGGCCCAGGAUCGACCUGAAGGCGGUCGCGCAUAGCGCGAAGCACUUUUACGCGCAAGACAAGCCCGCGGACGGGGAAGGCCGGGGCCUGGGGGAGACCGCGGGGGGAUCCGCGGACGGGAAGAAUGGGACAAGCGGGGGCGGAGGCGGAGCUGGCGGAGCGGGGGAUGAGCUUCCGCUGGUGGUUUUCUUCGCGGGGAUUGAGGGUUCGGGGCAUAAAUUCUUCGAGCAGGUGUUUCGGAACAUAAAGAAGGUCAAUUUCAGUGGUGAGUUGCUGAUGCCUGUCCGUGCUGUCCCCUGUCUGUCCGUGCUGUCCCCUGUCUGUCCGUGCUGUCCCCUGUCUGUCCGUGCUGUCCCCUGUCUGUCCGUGCUGUCCCCUGUCUGUCCGUGCUGUCCCCUGUCUGUCCGUGCUGUCCCCUGUCUGUCCGUGCUUUCCCCUGCUUGGCGUUGCUCUCCCCUGCAAUGGUGGCGCUCGAGCCGCUGCUCCACCUCGCCUCUCCCACUUACUUCAUUCCCCCUCCCCCCAAUUCCCCAACCUCCCCAACUUCCCCUGUCUGGCCGUGCAUUUCCGAACCUGCCCGUGAUGUUCGCCGCGUCCCCUGCAGUGGUGGCGUUCGAGCCGCUGCUCCACCUCACCUCUGAGGAGACCCAGACACACGUGCACGGCGUGGACGCACGCUGUCCGCGGCUGCCCUACGCGCGUCCCCUGCGCGCCUAUGCCAAGGAGAUGGCUGUGCGGCUGGCAGAGAUUGGCAGCUCCGCGUACCUCCGAGCUCGGGACUCCUACCCUCUGGGCCGGGUUCGGACGCCCCUGGCUCGGCCGGACCUGGUGCACAUGCUGCAGCUGGACGGGCUGCUAUUCAACCUCAAAGUCGUCGUCAUCUCCAGAGGGCUGCCUGAUGCUGUUCGCUCGGCAUACAGGAUGGGCUACCAUGGAGGGGACCUGGGCCUUCAGGUGCGCAUAGUGGAGGACGAGAUGGUGUUUCUGGACACCACCAUGCGCAUGAUCCCCUGCAGCAAGUACAUUGUGCUCGACUUUGACUGGGUGGCUGACAGCCCCGAGCUCGUGGCAGAGCCUCUGGCAGACUUUCUUGGAAUGGGGUUGACAGCAGAGGAUGUGAUUGCGGGGGUGAAAGGCGCCACACAAACCAAGCCCAAGCACCAAACCGAGUACCCCGAAUUUGGCGGGCAGGCACUAGACGAUCCCUCCCUUUUGUCACUGCCCCCUCACUUUCCAAAAUCCCCCUCAACCAUCCCCUCCCUGCAGUGGCCGCGUGUGGUGGAGAUCAAUUUCUUUGGCAACGACACCACAGUGGUGGCAGCGCCGUCGGAGAUUCGCAUCAAGAUGACGGGCAUGUACUACCUCUGGUUCGUCAUCUGCGACAAGAGCAUGGCUGGCGUGUCUGUAACGGGGACAACUGUGUGGAAGAACCCUGACGGGUAUCUGCCCGGCAUGAUGGCGCCUUAUCUCCUUUUUUACGAAAUCAUGGCUGUGGUGUACACGAUCCUGGGCAUCGUGUGGUUUGCGCAGUAUUUCCGUUUCUGGCAGGACGGGCUGCAGAUCCACACGUGCAUCACGGCAGUGCUUGUGCUCUCCAUGGCCGAGAUGGCCACCUGGUUUUACGACUUCGCCAAUUUUAACUCCUCCGGCUUCCGCCCCAUCGGCACCACCAUCUGGGCGGCGACUCUCGGCGCCAUCCGCAAGGCGGUCUCCCGCGUGCUAGUUCUAGUCGUCUCCAUGGGGUUCGGCGUCGUUCGUCCCACUCUGGGCGGGUUAUCCGGGAAGGUUGUGGCGCUAGGAGUGGGGUACUUCGCGGCUGUGGAGCUCCUAGACGUGAUGCAGAACGUGGGGGCGAUUGACGAUCUGACGAGCAGCGAGCGGCUGUUCCUGGUGCUGCCGGUGGCGGUGCUCGAUGCCAUUUUCAUCCUCUGGAUCUUCUCCGCGCUUUCCAAGACGCUCGCGCAGCUGCAGGCCAAGCGCACCACGCACAAACUGGAGCUGUACCGCAAGUUUACCAACAGUCUGGCGAUCGCUGUGCUGGUGUCGGUCGCCUGGAUAGGCUUUGAGAUGUACCUGCGCACAUCGGACCCGUACAACGAGCAAUGGGAGGGCGACUGGAUCACCGGGUGCUUCUGGCAUGUGCUCACGCUCAUGCUGCUCUGCCUCAUCUGCGUGCUCUGGGCGCCCUCUAGAAACGCCACCAGAUACGCAUACUCGGAGGAUGUUCCAGAAGAGUUGGGGGAGGAGGAGGUAGCACUUACUACUGUAUCAACUUCUGGUGGUGCUGGUGGUGGUGGUGGAGGGGCGGAGAAGAAGCAAGCAGUGAACACAGACGUGUUCUCAUUGGAUGAUGAGUUGGAGGAGGGGAAGAAAGAAUGA